UUACGUUGUUUUUAUUAUUGUUUUUUUGUUAGACCUUAGGACAAAAAACAAAACUAACAUCAACUAUUAUCCAUCAUGUUAUGAUGCUGUAUCAAGGUUUCAUCUUCAUGUUAACUACACACUCAGUAUGCGAUCAUGGUGACAAACUGUAUACAGGCAACAACAACAAAAAAUGCCUGCAAAAUUAUACAAAACCAACUUUGGUACUUCCUCUCACAGCAAGCGUCUCAGGACAAUGAUUUGCCAUGAUGGUACACACAUUUUGAGAGGCGCUCAAAAGGGAAAAAAGAUACCAGAAUACGGACUAUAGCCCCAGUUUUCCCCUUUAUUUCCAGUUCCCCCAUUCAGUUCUCAUGGAUCAGACACUUAAUCAUAGAGUUUUAUUUUAAUUUUCAGCUUUUUCAGUUGUGUUUUACUGGCUACAUACAUGCACAUGGUAAAUUCACUUGCCAUAUAUUCACCUGUCAUGUAACCAUAGGGACCCCCACCCCCCGGGAACCCUGUGGAUUAAAAAAUGGGUGGAGCCCAGCGGGGAACCCCUUUCAGCUGGAGCUGCGCCUUUAAGAAGCAGUCAGUCAGGGCAGUGCAUGUUAGUUUUAUUCGUCUGUGCACCUUCUGCUCCAUCACCAGACGAUGUACGCCGGUAACUCGCUACAGCUCAGGACCCGCAGCAGCACCGAUGACGCAUCUUGAACAGCGACGGUCCUCUUCAUAAGCAGGUAAUGGAUCCAGUGUGACUGCUGCACCACCAACCUGCCCAGCUGGCCUGCCUAACUCUUUAGCUAUGGCAACCUGUCCGAGAGGCUGUGCACCAGUGGUGCGCCUUUGUCAGAAACUGAACCGCCUCAAGACACUAGAAGAUGACAUGAUGGCCACGUCCCUCAAACGCUGCCUCUCCACCCUGGACCUGACGCUGAUGGGUGUCGGGGGAAUGGUGGGCUCUGGCUUGUAUGUUCUGACAGGAACGGUGGCCAAAGACACAGCCGGGCCCGCUGUCAUCAUAUCUUUCGUCUUCGCAGGUAUUGCUUCUUUAUUGGCUGCCUUUUGCUAUGCUGAGUUCGGAGCGCGCAUUCCCAAAACGGGAUCUGCCUACAUGUUUACUUACGUCUCUGUGGGGGAGGUGUGGGCCUUUCUCAUCGGCUGGAAUGUGAUUCUGGAGAACAUGAUCGGUGGGGCUGCGGUGGCUCGUGCCUGGAGCGGCUAUCUAGACUCCAUUUUUAACCACGCCAUCCAGAAUUUCACAGAGACGCACAUUAUGCAGUGGAACGUUCCCUUCCUCGCGCAUUACCCUGACCUGCUCGCAGCAGGAAUUCUGGUGGUUGCCUCAUUUUUCAUUUCCUUUGGCGUCCAAGUGUCCUCUUACCUCAACCACAUCUUCUCCACCGUUAGUAUGGGGGUUAUUGUUUUCAUCCUGGUCUUUGGCUUUGUGCUGGCUGAGCCAGCCAAUUGGAGCCAGGAGCAAGGGGGCUUUGCACCUUACGGCAUGUCGGGAAUACUGGCAGGUUCGGCCACAUGUUUCUAUGCAUUUGUGGGCUUUGAUGUAAUUGCUUCCUCAAGUGAGGAGGCAAAGAAUCCACAGAAGGCUGUCCCUAUCGCCACUGCUAUCUCCCUUGGAUUGGCAGCAACAGCCUACAUCCUGGUCUCCACAGUGCUUACGCUGAUGGUACCCUGGCAUACACUGGACCCCAACUCGGCUCUGGCAGAUGCCUUUUUCCGCCGUGGUUAUAGUUGGGCUGGAAUUGUUGUGGCAGUCGGUUCCAUAUGUGCCAUGAACACUGUGCUGCUCUGUAAUCUCUUCUCCCUCCCUCGGAUUGUGUAUGCCAUGGCAGAGGACGGAUUGUUCUUCUCCAUUUUUGCAAGAGUCAAUCCCAUCACCAAGGUUCCUGUUAAUGCUAUUCUGGUGUUUGGAAUCCUCAUGGCCACCAUGGCUCUCAGCUUUGACCUGGAGGCCUUGGUUCAGUUCUUGUCCAUCGGGACUCUCCUGGCUUACACCUUCGUGGCAGCGAGUGUUAUCGUGCUGCGCUUCCAGCCUGAGAAAACCAGCUCAAAGGGAACGCCUUCUACAUCUCCCAACCCCAACAACGAGCCUUCCCCUGUCCCCUUGGAAUCUCAGACCAUAUCUGAGGACAGCGAGGAGCCAAAGCAGUACGAGUCCUUCUCAGACAAACUCCAGUUGGUAGAAAGGCAGAAGCAAAAAGAGAGGCGUGGCGUGGGGCAGCUGAAGGCGUGCUGGGAGCCGUACCUGGACAGGCUGCUGGGGGACUGUGAGCCGGGUGAGGUGGUGGCCUUCUGUGUGCUGACUUUGAUAGUGAGCUCGGUGUCCCUCUGUGCUGUGCUAGAAUUUGGAAGGAAACAGCUGCAGCUGCCGUUGUGGAGCUUCACAAUGCUUCUGGUGAUUUUUAGCUUAGCCUACAUUCUCAGCCUUGCUAUUAUAUGGGUCCAUGAGCCACAAAGAAACAACAAAACAUUCCAGGUACCUCUGGUUCCAUUGACUCCAGGUGCCAGUAUCCUCUUUAAUGUAUUCCUCAUGAUGAAGCUCAGCCUUCUAACCUGGAUUCGAUUCACUGUGUGGAUUGCCAUAGGUCUUUUUGUGUAUUUCGGUUACGGGAUCUGGCACAGCAAGGAGGGAAUACGGGAGCUGCAGCCCAAAGACAUGGCCGCACGCUAUGUGGUGCUACCCAGCGGCAGCCUGGUAGAGACAGUGCAGUCCGUUCAGCCCGAUAGUGAGCUGGACACCUCAGCGCACCACAUCGACGGCCCCGCUGCCUCAGCAGCCGAGGAGUGCAACAGAAAGAGAUAAUGUGUGACCAGUCGUAAUCAUUAAAACUGCCCGGUGUGUUGUCGCCCAGUCAUAUGCUGUACUAUAACUAGUGUACUAUCUGCAUCUCACUCCCUUUAGCACGUGACAGGCUAUACUCGUUGCGCUGCAAAUGUAUGCACACCACAGUCUGGGGGAUGCACUCCUUCUGUCUUAUUGUGAAGCCUAUUUGUAUAUCUUGUAAUAUUCAAAUGUACAGUAGAGAGCUUUAUUACUGUCCUGUAAACAUUAAGCAUCAAAGUUGUGUUACAUGCCCUAAGACCAGCUCUUUUCUUGCAACCUUGCCAGUUUGUCAGAUUCCACAUGGUUGUACGUUAUAUAUGGUGCUUUCUUUGUGACAAACAGUGAAAGUUUUUUUUUUUUUUUUAAUGUUACCACAGCUGUGGAGCUGCAAAACCAAUAUCUCCUCUUUUUGCUAACGAAGUGGAAUAUCAUUUAAUUCAGUUAAUGCAUUGUUUCCUGUUUGUUGUAAUUUGAACAGAGAAAAGCACAGAGUUCAGUUUUUUCCUUUAUCAGAUUGAGAUUCUUCUCCCCAGAGCUGGCUUUUGCUAUUUGGUAAUAUAUAUUCCCCAAGUAUUUUUCUUUAGGACAAAGUAUUUAAUCCUAUAAUAUAAGUAAUACUCUAUGUAUUUAUUUUUCAAUUUUUACUAGUUAUACUCUUCUUUUACACAUUAGCUUAGCCAUUCUUGUCUCUGUUAUAUUUGUGUGUCACUCAUAAAUUUUGCAUGUACUUCUAUUGGUCUAUAAUCAGUAAUUAGGUGGUUGAACACUUCAGUUGUUCUGUUAAAUCUCCUAAAUCUCAUCCCAUGACCCACUUCUUUCUUUCAUGUCACCGAUCUUGCACUCUCAGUCUUUUUCUCAUCCACCUUGUAGUCAGCAGCCCCUUUCACUUCUCCCCCUGUCAGCAUGAGAUUAUGUAACAAAGCACGGCGAUUGUUGAGACAAGCUGGGAAAAUGUUGAUAAAUGAAUAUCAGUGGAAACCUAUCAAACGGGAGUCUUCACACACAAAUACUGCAGUCACUGGUCGUUACGUUAAACUGGGAUCUGCACCGCUCCCCUGAGGGCCUCCAUAAUCCCAGCAGAUUUACUGCGGUCCCUGUCGCCAGUCUGCAGCUUGACCUAGAUUAGGGAAAGGCGCAUCUGUGAGAGCGCUCAUAUCAGAUGGAUAGCAUUCCCACAGUUUACACUUGUGUCAAUAACUGAAUUUAAAUGAGCUUUUAUUUCUCAAUCACAUAUGUUACUCUGUGUAUUAAAAACAAGUUUAUUCUGAUUUUAUUCUUCUCAGUUUAUGUUUGCAUGUGUUACACAAGAAACCAAUGGCCUUAAACAUGUUGUAGUCAAUGUGUACUGAUGUCCAAAGCGAAAACACUCAGUCUGAAUGGUUCAGUUAUUUAUUUGUCUGAUGGAGAGAAACUGUUAUACUGCACACCAUGCUUUGAAUUAUUAAACCAAAACACAAACAUAGGAAAGAAUGUACACUAUUAGGCAUUUGGCAUAGUUUUAAAAAAGGAGUCAGGUUCAAGAGAAUUUUGUACAACUUUGCACAGUUUGCAAUCUACUGUCUUGUAAUUUUGUGUCACAGUUCUGCUUUUAAUGUCAAGCCGGUAAUAGAUAUUCAUACUGUGGUGCUUUUUUAAGCUGAACGUUCUCACACCCUUUUCUCUGUCUUUUUUGUGCCAGCAAGCACAGUUAUAAAUGGUCCAAAUCUUUUCUUACUUCUGAGUAGUAUUGUACUCUGUUCUCUGCACAAGUCUCAAAUCUUCUUCUUAUCAAGUCUGUUGUGGUGAAUGUCUAUGUAAAAUGCAAAAGACUAAAAAAUAAAUGUUUUGA